GUAGGUCCUCUUUCACAACUGUAGCACUUGUUUCUUCAGGGUUUUUGUUUUUUAAAGAAGAAAACAAUUCUUCUGCAGAGAAGAGCAGAAUUCUAUCAAACUAUAACAAGGUGUUAAUAGAAUAAAUUUAUUUAUGACAAUUAAGCAAACGGCAAGAUAGAUACCCAAUAAUGAUCCAACACAGCAGUUCUUACCAGUGGAACAAUAGCUAGAAUUUGUAUGGAUAUCCAGUCUGUGUGAGUCAAGGUUGAUUAUCCUUGAAUCUGGAUUCCAAACAGCAUAGACAGGGUGGGGCACUAGGACCUGCAGGAUUCCUCACCAGAGGCAGAAGUCAAGGAACUUCUCUCAUCUACUUUUCAACACAAUCAUCUUUCUUGCAAGUGCAGGGACCAGAGAGGAUUUUACAGGACGAAUGACGACACAAGUCGGUCUCAUUGACUUAUCCUGGGAACACCAACCCAUACUGGAAUAUUUUCUCAAGCUAACCUGAACACACUCACCUUCUGUGGAAGAGCGAGGACGAGGUUGGCUAAAGAGGGGCUGAGGGGAGAUAAACCAGAGAGAAGAUCAGCCCUCAACAGUGACUGGGGCCCCUGGGCCCAGGGGCCAAGAUGGCAGCACUCCAGGAACCUGUCUCCUAUAAACACGCCGUGUAGAGGUUGGCCCCAGGGCGCCGGUUCCCGUGGAUACACGAUAUAGGUGUUUCUCCCAUGAGGUCGUCGAUGCUGGCCUGGCUCCUGUUCAUCACCUCCCUUCAGGCCAUCCCCGCGGGGGGCUCCUCCUGCCCGGACCACCGUGUCAGGACCUCCUCCUCUUCCUCCUCCUCCUCCUCCUCCUCCUCCUCCUCCUCCUCCGGCGCCGUGCCCGUCGUGGACGCCAGGCUCUUCACUAAGCGCCGCCCCCGCUCGCCGCGCGUCCUCUUCAGCGCCCAGCCCCCGGCCUCCACCCCGCCCGGCGUGGGCGUGAGGGCGGGGGCCGGGGGGGGGCGUCCCGCACGCUCCCCGGGCUCCCCGGGGGGCCGGACGCGGCGGGUGGCGCAAGGGACAGGGCCGCACCGCGGCGUGUUCUCGGUGUGCGACAGCAUCAGCGGGUGGGUGGUGAACAAGACGCACGCCACCGACAUCUCGGGCCACGAGGUCACCGUCCUGCCCAACGUCAACGUCAACAGCGUCAACAAGAAGCAGUACUUCUUCGAGACGUCCUGUCUGGGCGGCGGGGGCGGGGGGGCGGCGGCGGGCGCGGCCGGGGGCACGGGCGUGUCCAGCUGCCUGGGCAUCGACGCCCGCCACUGGAACUCCUACUGCACCAACUCACACACGUUCGUGCGGGCGCUGACCACGUACCGCAACCUGGUGGCGUGGAGACACAUACGCAUCAACGUGGCGUGCGAGUGCGUGGUCAGCCGCAAGUCCUGGGCGAGGUCGUGACGGCUGGCGUGCGCGUCACACACAUACACACAAACUGUUGACACUAUACUUAAACUUGGUUGCGUCCGUUCCGUUUCUAUGAAACUGACCCAAAGCCAUCACCUCAUUCUCAGCACAAAGGGAGCUAUUUAAUAUUUCACAUCUGACCUAUACCGUCUGAGUAUUUUUAACAUUUGACUCGUUUUGGGGGCAUGGAAGGGUCCAUUAUUACCACCUGGGACCCCCAUCGUCCUUCCGGUGCUGCCCUAUGAUUUUCUUGCUGCCACGGAGUAAGCUGAACAGUAUUUUAGAACAAUUCAAUUUUGUACUAUGUCCGGUUUUAACAUAUAUUUUUCAUGAACUUACAUAAUUGAUGAUAAUGUUAUUUAUUAAACAUUGAAGUUGA